AGGGGACUCGUCCUCAAUUAUCAUGACUCAUGAGUAACAUACUAACAUUCCACUCUGAACUUUACUCUGAAUAAUUCCUACACAAAAACACUAUUUUCUUUUCUCUUUCCAUUUGAAAUCCUACCUGUCAGGACUCUUCAAAACUUCCAUAAUAAACCAAAAAAGGAAAAAGAAGGAAAAACUGAUGAACAAGAACAAGCCAUUUCUAAGAAUGCCCUAAACCUUUUGGAUCUAACCCUUAAUUUGAAAUCCAACCCACAUUUUAUCUCAAAAAUCCCAUUUUGUUUAUGUUAAUAGUUUCGAUUAAGUAGAAAAAUUAAAAUGAGGGUGUUAAGUGAAUCUUGGUGUUUUUGCAAUGGUGGAGGGAAGUCUGAGAGACUUAAGGCUGCCAUUUUUUCUAGUAAAAGCUCAGCAAUUGCUAAACUCUCUAUUCCCUCUGCUUAUUCUGCUUCUGGUAGAUCUGUCGGUGGUAAUGUAGAAGCUUCUGGAACUGGGUUUUUGAUUCAUAAGAACCUUCUUUUGACAACACAUGUCAAUCUUCCUUCUGUUAAUGCUGCUGAGUCUGCUGAGAUCCGGCUUCAAAAUGGCGUUCCUGCUACUCUUGUUCCUCACAGGUUUUUCAUCACUAGCUCUGUCCUUGAUCUAACUAUCGUCGGCUUAGAUACCAUUGAAGGAGAUACAGUUGCACAUGGUCAGCAAACUCAAUGCUUCAAGCUUUGUUCUAAACCAAGCCUUGAAUUGGGCAACAUUGUAUAUCUUCUGGGACAUGCCGAAAAAAGAGAACUGACAAUCGGCGAAGGUAAAGUCGUGAUAGCUACGGAUAAUCUUAUAAAACUGUCAACUGAAGGUUUUACUUGGAGCCCUGGUUCUGCCGGUUUUGAUUCACAAGGAAACCUCGCAUUUAUGAUCUGCGAUCCAAUGAAGCUAGCAACUUCGCCAAACACUAAAUCUUCAUCAACGUCUUCGUCUUCAUCGGCUUCUUGGAAAAAGGAUCUUCCGAUGCAAUUUGGUAUCCCUAUGCCCAUCAUAUUGGACUGGUUAAAUCAGCACUGGGAAGGCAGCCUAGACGAUCUUAGCAAACCGAAGUUACCAUUAAUGCGGUUGGUCUCGGCUGGCCAUAGAAGUGAGCAUUCGUGUGCGUCCUUUACGAUGAGACAAGUUUUCAAGGCUACUGAGGAAAUCGAGGGCACUGCAUCGUCUUCGAAUACUGUAUCAAAACCCAAAGACCAGUCUGGACAAGGGUGUUCUGCAGCUGCUCAAACUAGCGAGGACGAAAAACCGAUCAUGCAACCACAUGCUAGCACGACUCAUCUUCAGGGAAUUCCAACCCCGGAAAUAUAUGAAUCACCGAAAGUGACCGCAAACCCAGUGAAGAAAACAGAAACGACACAAGUCCCACUUUUAGAUAUCAAUUUCCCGCCAAGGAUAGUGAAAGCUCCUCAUGCCCAUAGAUCAAUGGAAUUGCUUCCUGGUACGGGUGAGAAUUGUGUGAAUGAAGUUCCAUUACCGGGUUUGCACAAAGUGACAGAAAAAGAGCCUGUGCAGACGCGGAUAGUAAAAGAGGAAAAGCUGAUGAAGGAUACAGGUGCUGCAAUGGAGGAAACUAGCUCAACUGGUUCUGUCGGGAAUGCACCAAGCGAAGGGCAAUCGAGCUCUUCACCCAUUGAUGUAUCGGGUAUGAGAGACGCGGAGAGUAGUGAAGGAGAGACGUUGUAUUCAGCAGAAACCGCUGAAAGUAGAAACUAUACGAGCCCUAGGGAAGGAAGGUUUCAACCUGUUGGGAGGAGCCAAAGUUGUGUGAGUUACAAUCGGUGGGGUCCUGUUCACCGAAAUCCUGCUGCCCGAAGAACCUCAUUGGAAAAACAGAGAAGUUUUAUGCAACCGAGAAAGACUUACUCGCAAGGAACUCCGUCUCAUAAGACAAUGGAUUAUUUCAGUCCGACAGUCUCUUCCAUUAUGAAGAAACGGAACAUGGAGCAGCAACAACAGCAGCAGCAGCCGCAGCCACAGCCGCCAAGCAGGCCUCGGCCUAGUGCAGUGCAUUCUUCGCCGAGGUGGAAUUUUUGAGGUACCUACUGAUUGUGAAAUGUAGAACAUAAAAGGUAUAUAUGUUAUAAAACUAUUUUGUUGUUUACAUUCUAUUAUACUUUACUAUUUUGUUGUCAACCUUAUAGACAUCCACUCUUGAGUAAUAAGAAAAAUAUGAGAAAUUUCAGACCCUGCUCAUAGUCUCUAUGAGCUAGAUA